AUGUCGUUGAACUGUGUGCUGAAUCAGGGGUUUGAGUUGAGUUGGUCAAUUCCUUUUCAAACGAGCCGAGUUGGUGAUCGUCCCAGGUCAACAAAAUUCAAACUCAGAUCAAGUGAAGACAGUGAAAAAGCAAAGUCAGAUAGUCAAACCGAGCAUGUGCAAACCCCUGAUGCUGACAAAUAUUGA